ACCCGAAUGCGGAAGCUGUCACAUAAACAGCAAAGAAAUCCUUUUUUUUUUUUAAAGACAACAAGAAAGACUGUACUUUAAUGUACCAUUGUUUUGUUUUUUAAAUAUAUAAGUCAUCUGCGUACAUUGUAUUUUAAGUGCGUGGUUAGCCAUGGCCUCGAGUCAUGCAAAGGACUCCAGCUUCUUGGGAGGCAGGAUACCGCCAGAAAUCGAGUCAAUGUCGAAGAAUCUGAAGGAUGUGGACCACGACAUGUUCCGAAGAAUCCUGAAAGCUGUGGUCAGUGCCCUGGACGGGAAGGACUGCAGGGAAGUGAUGAGGACGAUAGCGGAGAGCAGCACCAUCCCGCAGAAGCGACUCGGUCACAUCAUAGCCGGGAUGUACAGGCUGCUGUCCGAGGCCAUCCGCAUCCCAACGUCAUCGCUCAAACAGGAGGCUUUCAAAGAAGAUCUCAGGGAAUUAAGGAUACCCGAAGACUUCAUCACAGAUUUCUCCAGUGUGGUUUUUGGAAAUCGUCGUGCAGCUCUAGAGGCAGCGAGAUCCCUGAAUGAUCCUCACCUACCCACAAUAGAAGAGUUGAAAUGGAGAGUGGAUGUUGCCAUUUCUACAAGCUCUCUAGCCAGGGCCAUGCAGCCUUCUGUACUGAUGCAGAUGAAACUGUCAGACGGGAGUUUCAACCGCUUCGAGGUGCCGGUGUCUAAGUUCCAGGAGCUCCGUUACAACGUGGCCUUGAUUCUCAAAGAGAUGAAUGAUCUGGAGAAGAGGAGCAUUCUCAAAAUCCAAGACUGACGUACCAACUGUCUUUGGACUUUCAGUUUGUGAGAUUUAGUGGACAUUUACUGCAAACGCCGAACACACACACACGCACACGCACUCGCACUCGCACAGUGUUUUGUUCUGAGAGAGUUGACAUCCAAUAUACCUGACCAUUGUCAUUGUUUAAUCAUGAGAACCGCAGGACCGUUUCCUGUGUUUCAGCCUGUUAAAAAACAAAAAAUCGAUAAAAUCCGACUUGUAUUAGUGUUUUUUUUUUUUCAAUUUAGUGGUCAGUAAACUCAAGUCCAUUGUGUCAACAUUACAAAUGCAGCCCAGUGAAACCUCAGACACUUUCUCAAGUGGCCUCUUCAACUGGUGUCAGGUUGUUCCAGACUGAACGUUGUGUUCACAUCAGAAUUAGUAUGAAUGAACAAAGUGGAAGUUCUUCCCUACUCAUGUUUUUAUAUAUAACUGUUCUUCAAACCAGGGACAGAACAAAAGCACUAUUGUAUGAAAAAUAAAAUGAUGAUGAUGUUUCUGUUAUUUUUUUGAUGUGGUUUCCAUAACAACAUCAAGACUUGUUAACCUCUUGAACCACAUUUCUCUAAUAAAAUUUGUCUGUUAUUGA